AGGUUCUGAUAGCUCCUGGUGGGAAGUGAGUAGUCUUCAACGCCUUUUAUAGUCCUGUUGUUGUGUCAGGUGCUGUUAAAUCACAGCGUGUUGGGCAUGUUCGCUUGCGCUUUUGUGAAGCUCUCUAGUUAAGCAAAAUUUCAAGUUACACUUGAUGUUUUUUGACUAUUAACCGUGCAAAAUGAAAAGCUGCGUUUCCGUAUUUAUUGCUCUCUUCGCUGUAAACUGUUUUUUGCUGGAAGGCUCGAGUCAGUUGCUCGGCAGGAGAAUCUCUAAAGUCACUAAGGUGUGGGGCUUUUCUUGGCAAAACUGCGGUGCACAAGAUGAUCCUGCAAAGAUGAAGAGUCUCAGUAUUUCUCCAGAUCCCAUUUCCAUCCCAGGACAGCUGACCGCUGCGGCGUCCGGCUCAACAGAAGUCGCGCUGACAUCUCCUCUCUCUGUGAACGUGACGUUGGAAAGAGAAAUAGCAGGUUUAUGGGUGAAAAUACCGUGUCUGGAUGAAAUAGGAAGUUGUCAUUAUCCUAAUGCCUGUGACCUGCUCAAUCAACUCAUCCCUCCGGGACAGGACUGUCCUGAGCCUCUGCACACAUACGGCCUGCCCUGCCACUGCCCGUUCAAAGCUGGUGAUUAUGCUUUGCCAUUGUCUGACAUCGUUAUACCAGACAUUGAACUGCCUGGCUGGCUGACCAAUGGCAACUACAGAGUACAGGGCAUUUUGGGAAGCUCUGAGAAAGAACUGGGAUGCCUCAAAAUCAGCUUCUCAUUGCAUUCCUCCAAGAAGUAAAAGAAAAGUAGCAUUUUAUUAUUCUGUACGACUUUUACUUAAGCUUUUCUUUUAACUUUUUAGAAUGACAAAUGUUCAAUCAUAAUGAGCACAUUUCUUUUUAACUAAUGAGAAAUCUCAUUGAAUUGUUUUUAAAUGAUUGGUGGAAGUUGUAAAUAUUGUUUACAUGAGUUUACUUUAUAAACCACUGGACUGCACAUUUUGGGGUUUUUUUUUUUUUUUACUUAUUUUAAUUAACAUGUUUGCAAUGCUUUGUCUAGUUUUAACUUCUGCUUUUGUGAUUUGGUUUUGUUCUCGGGGUUAAUGAAGUUCAGUGUGUCAAGGUGGAACUACGUUUUUCUCAGUUUUUUUUUUUUUUUUUUAAAGGGGAAAUUUCAGUUUUUUGUUCUUAAUAAACAUUCAAAAUUCAAGUGUUUAGUAGUUGUUUUAUAAUGUAUAAUGAUAAAACGAUGAUAUAAAUUGUAUAAUGAAUGAUGGAUGGAUGGAUAUUAGAGCUGUUAAUUCAUGUAAUUUAUUGCACAUCAGAUUUUGGCUGAGAAAUCACCCCUAAAAAAUCAUUGUGUUAAAUGAGAAAAAGCAUCAAAUAGACAUUACAAAAUGUAGCUUUAGAAAGAAAAAUGUUAUUUGAGUCACCAUAAUUUGAAUUUUGAGAAGAUAAUACAAGAAAUGUGUCAGUAACUUAUUCUAAUUUUACUCUUUAUUUACUUAU